AUCGGCUACGACGCCAUUUCAGAACGCCGUGGAACAAAACAGUUUCCAUUAGAAUUAUUGGUUCAGGCACGAUGAGCAGCAUUAUUCCCAAGAGCAAAGCAAAAGGCACUGACAUCUGUGCAUUUAACAACUACUAUUGCAUAAUCCGCUCUGACCUCGGCUGCUAUAUGCAGACAAGUGAUUUAAAUAAAGGUUCAGAUAUCUCUAUUUUCAGUCUGCACCCUGCCUGCCAAAAUGGAGACCAUUACCUUGGUGAUAGCAAAGGCUCCUUUCACAUCAUCAAGGGCAAUUCCUGCCGCAGAGUUACCGAUCUGUCAACAGACAGCAAUGCUGUAGUUUACAAACUUCAUCCCAACUGUCAGGGUGGAGACCACUACUUCGCAGCCCAUAGAUAUUUUUACAUCAUCUUCCAAGAAAAGGGUACUUUACGAGUAACAACUGACAUGAAUCUUGACUCGGAUGCUGAAGUACACACCCUGCAUCCAGACUUCAGAGACGGUCUGUAUUACUGGGAGCUGCAUCACAUAAAACUAUUCGGCAUGUGCUUCUCCUUCCUCAAGCCCGCCUCAGAGUGGGGUGUUGAGUUCUGCCAAGCUCCUUAUCUCGGCAAAGACAGGCACACUGCUGUCUAUUCUGUUCAUCCUGAUGUUCUUAACUUCCUUCCUGGUGGGCUGUCUGUAACUAAAGGCCCAGCCAUAGGCAUGUGGGAGAAUAUUAAAACGAUAAAAAAUGACAGCAAUACACCGGUGACAUGGCAAAAGAGGAUCACUAAAAAGGUUGGAUACAAUAAGGCGAAGAUGACCCAGAUCACUCACAACUGGAAGAUAGCUGCAUCAGCCUCAGUUGAAUCUGGAGAGCUUGCAAAGUUAAUUGCGAAGUUACAGUUCUCCUUUUCUGCAGAAUAUGGAGGUUCACAUGUCAGCACUGAAAACGAAAGCUGGAAUGAAGCAACUGAAGAGGAAGAGCAACUCACAUUAAACCUGAAGCCACAUGAGUCUGUAAAUCUGUGGCAGUACAAACUGGGUCUUGGUCAAGAAUCAGUGUUGUUCUGCCGUGAUUUAAAGAUUACCAGUGAGCCAAACCCUCCAACUGAAGUCCCGCUGCCACCCGCGCAACCAUGAAUAUCAGUAUUUCAGGAUCGCAGGAUCGCUGAACUCCAAGGAUAACCAAGUGCUUUUCAGUUCAAUACAUUAACUAUACAUUCUCAAGUAAUUAUAUAUAUAUGCAUGUACUGGUUAAAAUGAGUCUGGAAUAAUUUAAUAUAGCAAAGAGAUUUUUCAUUUACAGAUGAUGUAACUACAAUUACUGAAACUUUGUGUUUAUGAUUAAAAGAAUCUGACAAUGCUACUUUAAAUCUUAUGAAAAUUAAAUAACGCCGCAUACCACUCUU